ACGGCGAACAACGAUGUUUCCCACGGAAAGCGAAGAUUCUGAUCAAAGUAUUUCUGAAGAUGAAGAUAUAGAUUAUAAAUGGUCAACGAGUUGUGUUUCCCUUGGCAGUCCUGCUGAUAAUAAGGGAAAUAUAGGGAUUCUCUCACAGCUAGAGACACUAAAGGAUCUUCAUAAACUUGAUUGUACAUCCAUGGUUAUCCCUGAAUCUCCAGAGAGGCGAAAUGAAUUAUGUAUUGAUGAUGAUGUUGAGCUUCCUGUUUUCAACAAUGAGCACCAUUUCAGCGUGGCUUCAUCUUGCAAUCCAGACGAGGAAAUUGGGUUAUUUCCUGUAUUGGAAGGUAUUUGCAACUCUGAAGAGGAAACUGUUUCUGAUGAUGAGAAACUUAAUGUUGUAAGUGUUAAAUGUGAGACAGAGAGCAUUCUAUAUGAGCAUACUGAGGCAUUCUAUUCCAACAAUGAAAAGUCUGGCUGCUCAUUAGUGUGUGGUAUCUCGCCGAAACAUAUUCAUCCAACUAAUGGUGCUAGUUCCUUAUAGCUUGGUAACAUUUGUGGACUGUAUUUAGUUAUUCAUAUAAAACGGUUGAGCUUUAUGAUUGCUUCAAUUCUUCCAUAAUGGAAAGUUCCACACUUUCAAGGAUCGGUCAUGUGCUUCUUGAUGUAAUUAUUUUGGUCUUAUGAAUACAUCUUUUCAAUAUUUAAGUAUGUCAUGGUGACUGGUGAGGAAGAAACCAUGAAGAAACUUAAUGGUAAAAUUAUACCCCCUUUGCCUCUUAAAGAAGAUCCUACUUUGACCAUCAAAGAAUAAAGAAAUCAGAAUUUUUGCUCGUUAUAGUAGAGUGUGCUUUUUGACACUGUUUUUACACUGUACAUAUUUGAGGCUAGUAUAUUAAAUUGAUUUUGAUUUUUUUUUCCAAAUAAGGAAAUAUGACUACAAGUUUAUUUAGGGAUGUCUAGUGUAGUCAAAAGUGAGUGCCUGGGCACUUAAGCACACCAGGAGAGGCACAUAAGAGGGUCAGCACCUGUUAGGCUGCCAGGAGCACACAUCUGAUUGAGGAAGACAAGGGAGUGUGAAGCACAGUCAUUUAUUUUGCUACCACAGAGAAAAAGAAGCCAGUCAUUCUGUAGUUGGUGGUGACACCUUUAAAAGUAACAUUUCACUCUCUCAGAUUCCACUAAAUGUAGAUUUAUGUACAGAUCCACAUAUGCUUGGGAAGAGUGGGUUGAAAGACUCAUUAGGUAAUAUGCAAGAAAAUGAAAUAGAACUGAUAGGGAAUGAUGCAGCACCAUCUGACAUAGCAACUGAACACAAAUCUAGUGAGCGAUCAAUGGCUGAGCUUCUGGACUGUUUUCAGGAGAAAAGGUCUUUGCAGUUGGGGAAUUCUGUGAAGUAUUAUAAUAUAAACAGAACAAGGAUAACACACUUUCCAAGGAGAAAUAUAUCACCUUUGGGUGAUAGGGGUGCAGAUGAUGAUGAUAUACCAUCAAGUGAUGGUGAGGAAAUCCCUCAAGUGUUGAAAGCUGUCGUCCCUGAGACAACAAUUGCAGACCAAUUUCAUGAAGCUCUAGGAAGUGCAACUAGGAAUGACGGAAUACCACAUGUUUUAACCACUGGGAAACACUGCAGUGGGUUAUUUUUUAACUUGCAACGCGUGAUGCUGAGUGAGAAGGAAAGGGAUCUUACUUUCAUUAGUCACACAUUGAAAGGCCCUGGUCUGAGUGGCGAGAAAAUCUGUAUUGAUGUGAGAAUUUUAUCAAGCUCUUUGGAGGCAAAGCUGUUUAUUUGUCAUUGCACUUUAAAAGGAGAAGAGAGUUCUGAUGGGAUAAAUCAUCCCAAUUUGAAAAAGACUAAGGGAGGAAGUUCUUUAACUGUCAUCUUUAAUCCGACGAUAUGCAAUGAUGUUGAACUUGAUAAAGGGAACCUCAUCCGCAUUUACCCUCCUUGGAAGGAGGUUAAUGCCAAACUAAAUGACGAAGUUGUGAUUUUAUCCAGAUAUUUUUCAAGAAUAGCCUCUGAUCAAAUUAACGGUAUGAUAAUGAGUUAAUGCCAAAUGGUGACCUAAAUUAAUGUUUUCUGUGAGCUGUCCACUAUUGUACUUCGUGAUUAAAUCUGAGGUUGUUUCUUUGUGAAUCGUGUGAAGCUAUCAUUUAGGGAUUCACACAUUUACCAGUUUAUGUAGCCCUAUUUCUUGGUGCUAAGUCUGUAAAAAGAUGUGAAGCUAAGAGGACAAAAAUGGAAAACAGUGGUCCGUUAAUUAUUGAGUUCCUAGUAUUGAAGUUGUUAAUUAAAAUUAUUGUAUUCAGGUUCUGGCUUAUUAUUUUUUUGUUUGAAAAUCAUGCUCAAACAAAUAAGCG